CUGGAUGCCUCCGGAAUACGGCCGGCCAAGGCAGAGCACUUCGACAUACUCCAUCUAGCGAAUCAGAUCAUUGAAUAUCACGAUGAGAUCGUAUACUGGGCCCAAGAAACAGCCCACCACAUACUACGUAGCAUCUCACCCGCCUUGAACGUGGCUGAGCCUCACUCGAUGGACGACGCAGCUUUCGGGAGUCGGCCCUCAGCCCUGCGAGCGGACGCCGACGAAGCUCAAACCUCGACCGCAAAGCGUCGGACACAUUACCACAUGGAAAUAUCAACAACGGCUGUUGCUGACUGGGCGACACCGCCAACCGUGAAAAAAGAAAGGUUUACCGUCCACUGGUGCUUCACGAAUGCCGGACACAGUCAGCAGACCGACUUCCGGUUCAACGCCCGUCAGAUACAGGGCAAGCAUAUACGAGCUGAGCAAACCGGACGUGUGGCGUUGAACGGGUUUGGAGGCAACCCACGCUUGGUUUUCAUUUGA